AUGCUAUCAUCUACAACAAAAACAAAAGAUGCUGAUAAUGGUAAAAAACUACAAGGAUUAUCAUAUCAACAAUCGAACGAAUCAUCAUUUCAUUCUCAAAUGAAUAAUGUUCUCAAUCAAUGGCAAAAAUUACAAGAUGAAAAAGAACAAUGUCGACAACAACAGCUGAUGGAAUGUAUUAAAGAAAAGAAAUCAUCAGAAUAUGAUGAAUUCGAUCGAAUUAUGGAAGAAGAUCUUGGAAAUCAAUUACAAGAACUAGAACGACAAGAAGAAAAAUAUUAUAAACAAAUGGAAAUAACAUUAGAAGAACAAUUCAAACAAGAUAAUUAUAGUGAAGAAUUAGAUGAUGAUGAUGAUGAUGAUGAUGAUGAAUUAGAACGAAUUUGUAUGGAACAACUUGAACCAGUUGAAGAGCAAAAUGAUAGACAAUAUAAAGAAUAUGAGAAACUAAAAUAUCAUCAGCAAUUAUAUCCUGUUAAAGAAGUACAGACAUUGUCACAACAACAAACAUUAGUCAAUAAAUUUCAACUACUUAAGGUUAAUGGAUUACUUAAGAAAACACAACAUAACCUUAUGAAUCUUAAUCAAUGGAAACAAAAACAAGAUAUGCACUUAAAAUUAACUAUGAACAAAACAAAUCUAGUUCAUAAAAAUAAAAUGAUCGAUCUAUUAAGAAAAUAUUCGCAUAUAAAGAAAUAUCGUGUUCAAACAUCAAAAUAA